AUGCUUGAAGUCCGCCUAGAAGCAACAACCGAUCUGCGAAGUCAUCUACUAUUAGAUCGUGGAAGAGGUGUACUGAAGGUCUUCCAUUGUACUGCGAUGCUGAAGGAGGCUCUGUUAGUGUCUAAAGGACAACCGACAGCGUGUAUGCUACCGCAACAGCUCAUCUUAGAGGUGUUCGACACUAUACACAACGUCCUGUUCCCCUCAGAUCGCGAGUCGCAGGCUCUUCUUUCGUCGCUUAUCGCAAAACACGGUUUCGAUGAGGAUCUCCUGAGAUACGAAUCCUGGGAUCAUUAUGGGCAUAAUGACACGAUACUAUCGUAUCCCUACUUUGGCAAUCGACUGGCAGAGCUCUACGAGGAACUGCAAAAUCCAAAACCGCGAACUAGAUUGGAGAACUGGUUUGAGCGAAAGAGCGGUGCUCGAUACAUGCUGAUGGCAACCAUGAUCGGAGUCUUCAUCGCGGUAAUCAUCGGAAUCCUUGGCCUCGGAAUCUCGGGUUUCCAGGCUUACGUGUCGUACCAGCAGUGGAAGCAUCCUGUAAAGGAUGCAUGA